UUCACAAUAGUCAAUAGAUUAUGGAGAUCAAUGUAUAAAUCUGACCCCGUUUAUAAGUGGGUGAUUUGUUAGUGAAAUUAUUCAGUAAAAAUUGAAGUAGAAACGAAUGGGGAUUGGAUUGAUUUAUCUGUUCGUUUUUUUUCUACAUGGAAGAAAUCAUGUACAAGGAAGUUGCAAUUUGGGAAGUACGAUGACGUGUGAAGCUUGCCUAAAAUUAGGACCGCACUGUGCCUGGUGUUCACAAAAGAAUUUUACAGAUUCAAUGGAUAUUGCUGCUAGGUGUGAUGUUUCCAAAAACCUUCUGACUAAAGGAUGUCUGAUCAAUCACAUUGAAUUCCCUGUAUCCAAAAUAGAAAUAGCAAGAAAUGAUCCACUUGCAGAAGGCACGCAGAGAAACAACUCACAUGUAACACAGAUUGCACCUCAGAGAAUCAUCCUAAAUCUUCGACCUGGAAAUGAUGUAACGUUUCAAGUCAAUGUUCGUCAAUCUGAAGAUUAUCCCGUGGACUUGUAUUACCUAAUGGACCUCUCUGCUUCCAUGCAUGAUGAUCUGAAAACCAUCAAAGAGUUGGGAUCUACUCUUUCUAAGGAGAUGUCCAAACUGACUAGCAAUUUUCAUAUAGGUUUUGGAUCCUUUGUAGAGAAACCAGUUUUGCCAUUUAUUAAAAUAGGUCCAGAAGAUCUUAAAAACCCUUGCCGUAUGGUGUCUGACUGCUUACCAACGUUUGGCUAUAAGCAUGUUUUAUCCUUGACCAACCAUGCACAAAGCUUUAAUGAUAUAGUCAAGAAACAGAGGAUUUCAGCAAAUAUUGACACACCAGAAGGAGGAUUUGAUGCAAUCAUGCAAGCAGCAGUUUGUAAAGAAAAGAUUGGAUGGAGAAAUGGAUCUUUGCAUCUGUUGGUCUUUGUAACUGAUGCUGAUUCACACUACGGAAUGGACAGCAAACUGGCUGGGAUUGUUAUCCCAAAUGAUAGUGAAUGCCAUUUGGACAGCAAUAAUGAAUACGCUAUGUCCACCGUCAUGGAAUAUCCAUCUGUCGGACAACUUAUCGAAAAGUUGGUGGAAAACAAUAUUCUGCUAAUUUUUGCUGUUACUGAAAAACACGUUCCAUUGUACGAGAAUUACGCCAAGCUGAUUCCUGGGGCCACUGUCGGACGUCUGCGUGGAGAUUCUGGAAAUAUUCUGCAGCUGAUUAUGACUGCGUACAAAGAUCUGAGGUCAGAAAUUGAACUUGAAGUAUUUGGAGACGCAGACGGGCUUAACUUCUUCUUCACUGCAAAUUGUAAUGGCGAUUCAUCCAUCACAAGCAGCAAAAAAUGCCAGGGAAUCAGAGUCGGAGACAUGGUAUCUUUCAAUGUGACCAUUAAUUCUACAUCGUGUGAAAAACAAACCAGACACAUAGUGAUAAAACCAGUGGGCCUUCAAGACAGCCUGGAGAUAGAGAUCCAUUCGGAGUGCGCCUGUCCAUGUCAGGCUGAUGCCGAAGUGCGCAGUGCAGAAUGCAGUCAAGGACAGGGAACCUUGGAAUGUGGGGUGUGCGUCUGCAGGCCUGGAUUCAUGGGCGCUCGCUGCGAAUGCAAUGAAGAGUCUGCCAACAGCAGCUCCUGUACAGAGUUUGACUCUUGCAGCGGCAAAGGGGAAUGCUACUGUGGACAAUGUAUCUGUAACCCCUCUGUGUAUGGAAAAAUUUACGGAGCACGCUGUGAAUGCGACGAUUUUUCCUGCCUCCGACACAGAGGACUAAUCUGUGGAGGACACGGAGAUUGUGAAUGCGGAGAGUGUGCAUGUCACAGCGGCUGGACCGGUGCAUACUGUAAUUGCUCUCUAGACACAAAAGAUUGUACAUCGGAGGACGGGACAAUCUGCAGUGGUCGAGGAGAAUGUGUAUGUGGACGAUGUGUUUGCAAUAAUGCUGGCGUUUCCGGGAGUACUUGUGAAAAGUGUCCUACUUGUGGUGAACCCUGUGCGUCUAAGAGGGCCUGCGUAGAAUGCCAUCUGUUGUCUGAGAACAAGGAGAUACAGGGAUGUGCAGAGACAUGUAAACUGGUGGAUGCUACGGUCAGCAAAGAUCAAGAUUUCUCCAAGGAUAAAUCUAUUUUCUGUUCUGUGCAAGGUGAAAAUGAAUGUGCUAUUACAUUUGGAAUGGCAACGGAUGAGCAGGGAAAGAAAGUCAUUUAUAACAUACGCCAGAAAGAUUGUCACCAGGCACCAGACGUCCUGAUGAUUGUCCUCGGUGUAUCGAUAGCUAUCGUUGUGAUUGGUAUUGCCUUCCUCUGCAUUUGGAAGCUGUUAGUUUCGUUACACGAUCGCAAGGAAGUUGCUAAGUUUGAAGCAGAGAGACUGAAGGCCAAGUGGGAAACGGGAACCAAUCCAUUGUAUAAAUGUUCAACUACAACGUUUACAAAUGUAACUUAUAGAAAGCAAGAAAAACAGAAAGGUGGCGUUGUGUGAGACCGUCCCGCGGCAGAGUGCGUUUACGCAUGUCAACACUUUUGCUAGGUGUUUUCAGGGUUAAAGGUUUGGAAACUUGAGCAUUAGCUGUAGACCUGGAAAUAGAUUAUCACUGGAAUGCCAGAUUGUUAAACCACUGUAAAAAUAUAAAAGAGGGGUACAGACU